AGGGGUUGCAUGGUGGGUUUCGUGCUAUAAGGAGUGCUGCAGAUUUGUUCAGCUGCUUGGAGUCUCCGAGGCAUCCCUUUCUUUUGAACAAGGUUUUGGGGUCACUUUUGUGUCUGGAGCCAUUCCACAAGGAUUACUGAUACAGAGAAAUCCUGAGGAUUGGCCAUAGCUGGUGAAGCCAAAAAAGAGCAUCUGGAAUCUCCCAACUACAGCUGCUCAUGGACCGGCUUCCCACUCACAAAAGCUGAAAUCCAUUAUGAUUUGCAACAGCAUUUACCUUGCAGAGGAGGGCUUGUCCACGGUGCUGCGUUAUGCAAAUUCAGCUUAAUGUACUUUAAUGACACCAGGCAGAUCCCAAAGGCUUUUUAAGGCCGGAUAAAUUCUGAAUUAAUUAUUCUAAUGUUACCAGAAAUUAACUUGGCCCAGAAUAUUUUAAGAUGAAAGGAACCUGUGGUCAGAUAUGCAUGCCACAAGAUAAGGAAGCAAAGCAGUAAUAAGCACAAAUACUGAGGCAAAAAACCAUGUAAUCAGUACCAGCUCAUAAAUAAUUUCAUGCACAAAGAACGUCCCAAGUUGUUGGGCAACUUGGGAUGAGGUAUAAAAACCUGAGCAACCCAUGGUCCUUCCAACCAUUUCUCCUCCCUUCUUUGCCUUGGUCAAUAGGAUUUACCUCCGCCCCAGAGAAAUGUCCUGCUAUGACCUGUGUGCCCCCACAACCUGUGGACCAACCCCACUGGCCAACAGCUGCAGCGAGCCCUGCGUGCGCCAGUGCCAGGACUCCACAGUGGUGAUCCAGCCCUCUCCUGUGGUGGUGACCCUGCCAGGACCCAUCCUCAGCUCCUUCCCCCAGAACACCACUGUGGGAUCCUCAGCAUCUGCGGCUGUUGGGAGUGCACUCAGUGCAGGGGGAGUCCCCAUCUCCUCUGGCAGCUCCUUGGGAUUUGGGAGCUUUGCUUAUCCCAGCUUGGGCAGCGGGUACAGCCGGCCCUACCGCCGCUACAACACCUACCGCAGCAGCUUCAAUGGGCCGUGCUAAAGCACUAGGAGCAGGCAUGAUGAGAUGACCAGAGAUGCUGAAGCAUGACCCAAUGUGGGAGAGAGCUCCUGGCCAUGGUUAUGUGAUGUUGGACACCCAUGACUCUGCCAGAAGUUAGUGGAGCUGUGGGAGCUUGGCAUCCCCUAAAAUCAAGCCUUUGCUUGUCUUUUGUUAUGCUUUACUUUAUAGUUCUGAUCAUAUCUUGUUCUCUUUUUAUUUGGCAAUGAUUAGGUGAAAUAUGUAAUUAUUAGGAGUUGUUCUGCAUGGCUGAAGUAGUGCAGUCCAUUUAAAUCAUAAAGAAGGAAGAUCUCAUUGUGCUGAAUAUAUCAUUGUGAGAGGGAUGAGUGGGUGCUGUCCUUACCGGACUCUGGAAAUAUAUUCCUUACAUUUUA